AUGAAGCAUAUUACUGGAGAUAUGUUUGAGUCAUUGUCUGCUGCACAAACAAUGUUCUUAAAGGCAUUGCCGAAAAAUGGCAAGGUCAUAGUUGUGGAAUUUGCAGUUUCCAAAGACUGUAAUGAAUCAGUGCACGCAAUAUUCAUGGAAGUGAUGAUGGUGAUACUAAAUCUCGGGGGUAAGGAGCGAACAACAGUUGAACUCUACUGGCUUGCUAAAGCUGCAUGUUUUGCUCAAGCUGCAGUUGAACGACAUUUCGGGCUAUUGUUAGAGUUGCUUAGUUUUAUUGAGGUGUAUGCGCAUAAUUUAAUAUGCAUGUGA